UCAAAGCACCAAAACAAUAUUUAGUUGAGUUAAAUCCAUCACAUUCACACUCUAACCAAAACCACUACUGUUAAAACUCUCAUAAGGCUCAUACGACAUGUCGUUGAUUCCCCAAAUCUUCGAAGGUAAUGGUAAUGAAGAAGUGAUUCUGGACCCGUUCUUGUCGUUGAUCAACAAGUGCCCUGUCCUCAACACCCCGACCGACUGGAAAGAGACCCCCAAAGCCCACGUGUUCGUGGCCGACCUUCCUGGGCUGACCAAAGACCAAGUUAAGGUCGAGGUGGUCGACGGCCGGGUUCUGCAAAUUAGUGGAGAGAGGAAAAACGACGAUGAUGUAUGCAAAAACGACACCAAAAAUAGUCAUGACACGUGGCGUCGCGUGGAGCGUUGUCGUGGGAAGUUUCACCGGAGGUUUCGGUUGCCGGAGAAUGCUAAGGUGGAUGAGGUGAAGGCGUCUAUGGAGAAUGGUGUGCUUACUGUUAUUAUUCCAAAGCAAGAAGUGAAAAAACCAGAGAGAAAGCUCAUUCAGAUUCAAGCUAAUUAAUUAAGGUGAUCUAUAUAAAUAUAUAUAUAACUAAAAAUUAAUAAAAAUGUGUGUGUUUUGCUUCAUAGUGUGAUUGUCAAUGUUUAUGUAAUUAAAAAUUAUGUAUGUAUGUUUGAUAACUGUUGUGAUUACUUAGUAAAUAAAGUUGUGUUUUUUUAAAUAAAUAGGAUUUUCCCUGAA